UGUAUAUUCAGCUAAAGUAGUCUUUAGAUAAAUGCAAUUGACUUUAUUGCUGUCAAGGUGUCAAGUGUAAAAACGUUUUGCUAUCGAUAUUUCCCUAGGCAAGAGUAAACAAUUUUGUCUUCGGAACAGAAGUCACAUAUACGUAAUUACGUACUCCAAACACACGCGCGUGCUUUGAAAAGGACUGAAAUCCACACGCUCUCGUUUGGUUUUGGCCUUCGUUGUGUUAUACUCUGGUAAAGUCGAAAGAUUAACUUUGAAUCAGUUUUUUCUGAUCGAAGUUAGUGUACGUUUCAGCAGGUCUACUACUUUCAUUUACAAUCUAGCAUUUCUUCCCGAAUGUCUAACGUCGCUGUGAGAGUUAUUUCUAUAGUUAUAGGUGUAUUCUUGAUAUCCUUUGGGACAUUGAAACUAGGCCCAUUAUUUAUUGAUGAGUUAUAUCGUAGUGUGAGAGAGAGUUCCAUUAGAAUGCUUGAAACAUUUCCACUUAGUUCAUUGACUGGAUGGAAUGUUAGUCCUGAUGUAAUCAGGCGAGUUUAUGGAGCAAUGGAAGUUGUGGGUGGUGUUGUGCUUGCAUCUUGUCCAGGUAUCGCACAAGAUGUCAGCAAUGUUGUACUGCUUGUCUUGAUGUUACUCCACUUGUUUGGCAUUUGGCGUGCAGGAGAUGGGUUAAGAGAAGCAUCCAAUGCUAUUGUAUUAUGCUUGAUGUUGACCUGCAGAUUCAUCAUAAGAGUUCAACUUAUGCAAAAGAAUGAGGAAGCCACUGAAAUGCUUGAAUAUGUUAAAAAGGAUAUACGAAAACAAAUUAUUAUGCUACAAAGGGAAUUCAAGAAACUGGAUGCUGCCUUCAAUCAAUUAGAACAAAACACUCAUAAGGCUGAACGAAAUAAUGACAAUAAUUCUUCCGACCCAACCAAAUCAUGAUUAUAUAUACAUUUAUAUAUGUUGAUGCAUUUACUUGACAGUUGUGUCGGUG